AAAGUCCAGGACCUGGAGCCACUGAUCGAGAGCAUGUGAGUGUGGAGUUCGGGGUGUGGGCAGGGGCAUUGCCUACCCCAGAGGACAGCCCAUGCCUUCCCUGAGCUUGCAGAAGCCUGUGCCUCCUCGUGUGCCCCCUCUUGUCCUUUCUGCUCCUCAAAACUGCCAGACUCUUUCCUACCCCAGGGCCUUUGCACAUGCUGCACCUACCACCAGGUUCACACCCUUCAUCUUCCAUGGCUGGUUCCUUGGUGUCAUUCAGGCCUUCCCCUAGCUAAGGGUAAAUUCUAACCCUCACCCCAUUUCUCUUCCAUAUUGCUCUGUUUAUUUUCUCCCCAGUUAUUAGCACCAUCUAUAAUUCAUAUUUGUGUUUACUGUUUGUUUAUGUAAUUAUGCAUAUCUUUGUUUACUGUUUAUUUGAUUGUUAUCUGUCUCCCCGACUACUCUAAAUGGUAUGAGGACAGGCAGCUACAUCUGUGUUACUCCCCAUUAUGUCCCCUGCAUCUGGGACAGUGCCCAGCACAUGGUAAAUGGCCAAGAAACAACUGUUGAAUGAGCGAAACCAGAUCCAGGGCCUCCAGGAGAAUGUGCGGAAGCUGCCAAAGCUGCCCAGUCUGUCCCCACUUGCCAUCAAAUACCUUUGGAUCCGUACUGCCCUGUUUGAGAAGGUCCUGGACAAAAUUGUGCAUUACCUUGUGGAGAACAGCAGUAAAUACUAUGAGAAGGAAGCGCUCCUGAUGGACCCUGUGGAUGGCCCCAUCCUUGCGUCUUUGCUGGUGGGACCCGGCUCCCUGGAGUACACCAAGAUGAAGACUGCGGAUCACUUCUGGACCGACCCCUCGGCCAAUGAGCUUGUCCAGAGGCACCGCAUUCACAGCUCGCACCUGCGGCAGGACUCACCCACCAAGUGUCCGGCGCUCUGUAGGGAUGACAUGGAGGCUGUGCCAGGAUACCUGUCCCUGCACCAGACGGCUGAUGUCAUGACCUUGAAGUGGACACCCAACCAGCUGAUGAAUGGGUCUGUGGAGGACCUGGACUAUGAGAAGAGAGAUUACAGUAAAGGACACCGGGAGCGGAGGGUGCAGCCACCCCAGCGUGCAGGCACACACCUUGUGGAUACCACCUCCCCUUGCACCUGGCCUCCUGGCAUGUCCUGGGUUCAUCGCUGGCGUCGUUCAUUUUAGACUUACAUCCGGGAGUCAGAGCCUCCUCCUGGACUCCAGGCAGACCUGCCGAAAUUCAGCCCGCAGAGACGAGCUUCGCCUCCCUGGCCGGCUUCUGCCACGGAAGUUUACAUACAGCCUCAUUUGCAAUGAGACGUGACCCCAUUGGCUUUCUCAGGCUGUCACAGAGCCCCAGCCA